UUCGAUCUCUUCUUGAACUGGCAAGCUUUGAAGUGUGGUCUUUCGUAGCAUUCUUAAGAGAUAGAUAAAGAUAACAAGCGCAGAUGAAGCGAAAUUUUCAAUGUUAUGAACAAAGACGCUGAAGAUGGCUCUGCCGGCGACGAGCAAAACCUUGGAAAUUCAACAAACAAAAUGUGACAACGAUGAAGACGAUACUGUUGUAGCGUCAAAAUUGGAAAAAGUGAAAGAAAUAAAAAUAAAAAUGGACGAGUUACAUCGACUUCAGAAUAUGCUGAUGCAAGAAUGGGAAACUACGGAGCGCGAAGAUAAAUGUUUACAUGAAUAUCAAAGCGAAAUGGAUCAACUUUUGCAGGAAAAAAUGUCACAUGUAGAAGAACUGAGAUUAAUCCAUGCCGACAUUAAUAUGAUGGAAAACACCAUGAAACAAUCGCAGAAAUCGAGAGAUCGUUGCUUGGAUAACGUCCGCCGACUGCACGCUGAUUAUAUACCAUUGAAGGAAGAGAUUGAUAAAAUGAGAGAUUCCAUUGGUUUGGAUAAACUACCAGGAUUGCCAGAUGAAGAAAAACUGAAAAAAGAUUACUUAAACAAUAACCGAACAAGACCAACAUGGCUACACUCGCCCCCAGACUUCCUACCUCCAACAGUCACAUCUCAAAUCAUGGUGGCCACCAGAGCAGCCAAUCAGAUGGUGAGCAAGCCUUUAACACCUUUGGAUAGCCGACCAUUCAGACAGCAGCCUCCACCAAUGAAAUCUUGUCUAUCGUGUCAUCAACAGAUACACCGCAAUGCUCCCAUAUGUCCCCUGUGCAAAGCCAAGAGUCGUUCAAGACACCCUAAGAAAAACAAACGAAAACACGAGGAAACAAAUUAGAGAAACCAUAUCAAUAUAUACACCACAAUACCCCCAUAUGUCCCUAAUAAAUUAAAGAUUGUACAACUUAUGAAAAUAUAUCGUAGAAUAUAUACAGACCGCUAUAAAUAAAAUAAGAAAAAAGUUGAACAAAACUAUUCACUAAAUGAUAUAUAAAGUUAGCAAAGUCACACACAAUAUAUUGUUGAUACAUGAA